AUGUCUUGGAAGGUCUCGAAAGCGACACUUGCUGAUGUGCCCGCCAUAACAUCAAUCUACUCCCACGACGAGCCCACGCCAUUCAUAGAACUCUGCUUGGGAUCCUUGAACGUGCUGGCGCUAAACUUCAACCAGGCGGCACGUAUCGCUGAGAGCUUGCAAGACGAAGAACAAGCCUGGUUCGUUGCUCGAGAUGAGCGCAACAGAAUAACCAGCUUUGCUGAGUGGCAUCUGCCAAAAGACGAGACAGAUACUGAAGAACAGAUGGCGCAAGAGCNNUUGUACGUCGAAGAAGAGUUAUUCCCGAUAUCUAGGCCAAGCAAUAACAUGAAUCAGGCCGACGCGCAGGAAGCCUACGAGGACUCAAUCGCACCUGGCAUGAACUCGAGCCUCGUCGUCGAAUUCAGGCAUCGGGUUACAAAACUCCGCAAUGACGUGCUGCGUGGACGGAGACAUUACUGUUGCCGGCAGAGGGGUGCGGCCACUGCGCUCGUGAAGACAAUACUCGCGGCCGCGGAUCGAGAAAAGGUUAGCUGUAUCUAUCUGGAUACAGUGGCCGAGNGGCCCGCCAGAAAGCUGUUUGACAAGCUGGGGUUUGAGGAAGUUGGCAGGUUCGAUAUUGAUCUCAGCGAACAUGGCGGCCAAGGCGUGCAUAGUCAAGUUGGCAUGCUUAGAUGGGCCUGGGCGGCCGUGUAA